AUGAGUCGAGCAUCAGCAGUUACUCUUGGUCUCAGAAUUCGUUCGCACAUAAUUUGUAGGGCACCGGAAAUUUUGCUCCGACAGGGUCAUGGGAAAUCGGUGGAUUGGUGGAGUCUGGGGACACUCAUGUAUGACAUGCUCUCAGGAGGGCCGCCUUUUUCUGGAGAUGAUAGAAAAAAAACUAUGGAAGCUGUGCUACGUGGUCGGUUUACUCUUGCUCCUUAUCUCACCAGUGAGGCUAAGGAUCUCCUCAAACGAUUUAGUCCUCUUGUGACAGCACUUGAUGAGAACGUAUCGUUUACGUUAGAGCUCAAGCAGAACUUUGAUUACAAUUUUCUGUCAAGGGCUUCUCCUGCUUGUGCUGGUAAUUCAAUGAUACCAGUUCCGACAAUUCACGGUAUUCCCGCCCCCAACUUUUGUGGUAGCAUGAAUCAAGGCGGCAGCGGUGGGCCUGGUCAACCCUUUGUUUUUGCGGAAGACUUCGAAGACAUGGAACUUGGUUCUGGACAAGGCGAUCUCGUCGCCCCUCAUUCCGUCUUUCCCUCACAGCUCAUACCCUCAGAUCCAACUCGAUUUUCUCGGAAUCCGCGGUACUGGCUCCAAAUGUCUAAACGAAGUCAUUCCGACCAGCAGUCCUCUAGUGGUAGUGGGGAGUCCAUUCCAGGUGCCUCGGCACCCAAGCGCCCAUUUCUUUCCGGCUCCGAGCUCGUUCUCUUCAGCCGUGUUCGCUCUCUCGAGGAGUUGGAUAAACGCACCUUACAAUUACAAAAUAAGAAGCUUUAUGAGGCCCUCACCGAGAAGCGUUCUGCUAUCGGUGAUUUGAGGCAGCGAAUCGAGCAAUUAGAAAAUAGGCAGGCCAAGGAUGAUGCUCUAUUAUGCGUGGUUAAUCGCUACUGGAAUCAGCUGGAUGAGGACUGUCUGCUUCUCCUUCAACGUUGCGAAGUUGACGUGGAUGAGAAAGUUUCGAAUUCAGCUGAAUCAUUCCUCAAGCAAUUGGCUUCCUGGGAAAAGGAAGAAGUUCCUGAGAAAUUACAGCAGCGUGUCCAUUUUUCGAAGCGUAUUAUCGCCAGGUUAUUGACUUCUUUUGAGAGACUUUUCGUUCAUCAAAGCCGUCUUCGCUCCCUGCUUGUGGAUGAGUUGCAGUCGGACAGGAUUAUGAAGGCGGCUGCCGCCACCACAGCAUCCUCCAAAACUUCAUCUCGUUCCGAGGGACCAAUAGAGGAAGAGAAUCUAGAAAAGUCCUGCCUUGGUAUUACUGCUGCAGCAGACGAUGGAAUUAAGACUGAUAGCGGCUCCACCUUGUCCUCGCUCGAAAAGGUGAUCGCUGCACUGAAGGAGGAGAUCGCUACCCUCUCCUCCGAGAAUGAUCGGCUCCAAUGUCUCUGCACGAGCAUGCAUGCCAAUCAUCGGCAGCAAAGUCUCCACGUUCGUGAGUUACAAGAUCAAUGUCAGGCGAACUCCGACGCGGCUGAUGAGUGGAAAGCGAAGUAUGAAGACCUUGAGUACAAACUCCAGCAGUCUACUGCACAACUUGCCAUUCUCGAUCAUCGUCUUUAUGAUGCUCAGCAGUCGAAGAAGAUUCUUGAGGAGGAAUUGGCUGCUUUUAAGGGUACAUCAGGCUCUCCUGGAGAAGGCACAGAGGAGACAAGCGGAGUUCAAGGGGUGACAAAGAGUAAAUACAAUGACAUGCUCUGCGAGUUGGAGGAACAAAGAGAACUGGCCUCCAACCGUCUUACCGAGCUGGAGCGUCUUCAACGUCAGCACGAGGAGAAGGUGGCUGAGUGUGCGAAGCUCAGUAUGCAGGUCGAUAAUGUAUUUAGUGGUUUAACUGAAUUUUUGACUAACUGUGGGGAUUUUGCCCAGGUUAAUGAUCCACCAGAGCAAUUAAUACACGACUCACCAAGCUACAAGUCAUUGAAGGUCCAAUUCAACAUUCUCUACAAUGAGGUCAAAGCUCUGCGGUCUCAAUUGGAGGACUCCCGCAACAUGAUUCAAACUAUACGCAAUGCUCAUCUUAAACAAAUUGAAGAAAUGGAGGCAAAUGAAACGGCCAUUUUGAAUCAAAUGCGUGGUGAGAUGCUAGCACAAGAGGAGCUUUACUCCAAACUUCGUCGAGAAUUCGAGAUGAUUGAGGCCGAUUUCAAGCAGACAGUAGCGCACAAUGAGCAAGCGGGUCCCAUCAACAGCGAAAUGCGAAGCCUUAUAACCACACUGCAGCUGCAAAACAAGCAGCUGAAAAAUGAGGUUGUCCGCUAUCGACGGAAGUCAAAGGAAGCCGCUCAUGAUUGUCAAAUGGCCACAAAUGAGUUAAAAUCCACUGAGGAGGAGCUUUCUCGCGCCAGAGCAUCGUUGGCUGAAGCCACAGCCGCAGUGAUCCAACUUACUGAUGAACUAGCUUCAUCAAGCCCGACGCCAUCCACUGCUAUCCCUUUGGAACCUCCUCAGCCCUCAGAUGCGCCUUCCAAGAAGCGUGAUCGAGAGAACGAUGCGGAAAGAAAAGGAGCUGAUGAAGGAGUCGCCUCCAGUCGUUCUAGCAGUACUGAAUCUGCGGCAUCUCAUAACGAGGGUUCGUUGAAAGAUAGGAAAGGCUUGUCUUCCUCCCAUUCCCCCGAGGAAAUCAUUCGUGAUCUCCGUAAUCAAUUAAAAAUUUCACAAGAGGCUGAGAAAGAGAUGUCUGUAUUACUGAGCAUGUACAAAGUUAUUCCCAAGGAUCAGCGUGAUAAGGCCGCUCUGCUCCAAGUUGAAGCAAAGCUGCGUGCUGAGCUCUCUGAGGCGCGAUCUGAACUGGCCAGCUUGCAAUCGGUCAACGCUGAUUUGCAAACUCGCUGUGCUCAACUUCAACGAGAGUACCGCAUCGCUGCCUCCUCCACUUACCCUCUGAAGAGGGAGUUUGAAGAGCAGGCUGAUCUGCCAGAAAAAAAGGUGGCUACUGAGAGCAGUUCCACCGCCCACUCUGAGGAGCCCUCACCAAGGGAGGGGUGUGGUAUUACUAGUUCUGGUACGGUGGGGCCUGCCGCCACCAAUUCCUCCCAUCAAGCAUCUCCUCUGUCGACUUCUAUCAGUACAAAUGCGGUGUCUCCAGAGUGUGGUGACAAAUCAGCAUCUGUCAUGUCUACCCUGCCGCCUCCUCCGCCGCCACCGCCACCAACACCUCAUCCGCUCAUGCCACCGGUUCCGAGGAAGACUUCAAAUCUGGACGAAGAUAAAAAGGCCUGGCAGGUUGCCGAACUUCAGCAGGAACUCCAACACACUCAGCGUCGUUGUCAUACACUAGAACAGCGCGUCAGUACUCUCCAACAGCAUCUCGUCACUGCUAAACAGCAGGAGGACGUCAUGUUGAAGGAAAUGGAGGCUAGCCAAGCAUUUGAAGAUGUGCAAGAGCAGAACUCCCGUUUGUUGAAGAGUCUACGAGAAAAAGAUGAUGCAAAUUUAAAUCAAAUGACAGAGUGGAUGAAGACUAGUCAGUUGGCUCGUUUGUUGAAAGAGGAGAAGAAGCUUUUGGAUGAGCAAGUGCGUCUGAUGCAGGCGAAAAUAGAGGCCCUCACUCGCGCCAUUCAGAAGCAGGAAGACAAGGAGCAUCUCCUGCUGACAAAUCUGGAGACGCUGGAGAAGGAGGCGGCUUCACGUCAGCAGUCACAGGAGGCCUACAAGCGUAAGUCGGUGGAAUGUCAACAAAGAGAAGAGGAUUUGCGUGUCACUGUGCAAAAGUACCUCGCCCAACUGAACGAGGCGCAGACCUCCGUGCAGGAGAAGGCCUCCGCCUACGAACAGGUCUCCUUCCGCCACCAAAGACUUCAGGAGGAAUACACCACACUUAAACGCAAAUAUGAACGCCUACGGAAGAUCGAACAAUCGCACAACGCUGAUGAGGUUCUUUUAGCCGAAAUUCAAGAUUACAAGGAGCAGCUGGCCUGCCCAACCUGCAAAACGCACAAGAAAGACGCCAUUCUGACCAAGUGUUUCCAUGUUUUUUGCCUCAACUGCCUGAAGACGCGCUACGAGACGCGCAAUCGCAAGUGUCCCAAGUGCAAUGCCACCUUCGGGGCGAACGACUACCAUCGCAUUUACCUCACCUGA